UCAUGUUUUGUGAGAUACACUGUUCUUCAACAAAGCCCUCUUCCUUUUUGACACAACGAUGUCUUCACCUUCUUCAUCAAACCUUCCUCUGAAACCGAUCCCCGGAAGCUAUGGCUUGCCUUUCUUCGGCGCGAUAAAAGACCGGCUCGACUACUUCUACCGUGAGGGGACGGACAAGUUCUUCCGGACCCGGGUGCAGAAGUACCAGUCGACGGUCUUCCGGACUAACAUGGUUCCAGGCCCUUUCAUGGCCCCGAACCCUAAGGUGGUUGUGCUCCUCGAUGCCGUCAGCUUCCCGGUCCUCUUUGACACGUCCAAGGUCGAAAAGAGGGACGUGUUCGUCGGGACCUACAUGCCCUCGACUGACUUCACGGGCGGAUACCGCAUGUGCGCCUACCUCGACCCCUCCGAGCCCAAGCACCCCGUCCUCAAAGGCUUGCUCCUGUCGACCCUUGCGACCCGGCAUGAUAAGUUCAUUCCAGUGUUCAGGAGCUCCCUGUCACAGCUUUUCAUUGACCUAGAAGAUGAGCUCUCUAGCAAAGGCAAAGCAUACUUCAAUGACUAUUGCAACAAGAUGUCCUUCAACUACUUGACCAACCUAUUUUGUGACCGAAGCCCAUCCGGCACGAUCCUCACAACCGACAAAGCGACGAAAUUCUUCGACUCGUAUUUGUUUUUCCAACUCGCGCCAUUGAUUACCCUAGGGUUACCAAAGAUACUGAACAUCUUGGAAGACAUAGUCCUACACACAUUCCCCUUGCCUCCAUUCUUGCUCAAAUCCGAUUACAAGAAGUUCUACAAGGUGUUUAACGAGUAUGCGACAUCCAUAUUGGAUGAAGCCGAGAGUUUGGGGAUCGAAAGAGAUGAAGCUUGCCAUAAUCUUGUGUUCUUUGUGUGCUUCAAUGCCUAUGGGGGCAUGAAAAACACGUUCCCGGCUUUGAUCAAGUGGGUGGGACUCGCUGGCGAAGAAUUGCACCGACAGCUCGCAGAGGAAAUCAGGACCGUCGUCAGAUCAGAAGGUGGGGUCACGGUCGCCGCAUUGGAGAAGAUGAGCUUGACCAAGUCGGUCGUCUGGGAAGCGCUGAGGAUUGAGCCUUCGGUCGCGUUUCAGUACGGCAACGCCAAGGAGGACAUGGUGAUCCACAACCACGACGCAGCCUUCGAGAUCAAGAAGGGUGAGAUGAUCUUCGGCUAUCAGCCGUUUGCAACCAAGGAUCCGAGGGUGUUUGAAAGGCCGGAGGAGUUUGUAGGCCACAGAUUCGUCGGGGAAGAAGGCGAGAAGCUGCUGAAGUACGUGUACUGGUCGAACGGACGCGAGAUCGAUGAUCCGACCGUGGGGAACAAGCAGUGCCCUGGGAAGAACAUGGUGGUGCUCUUGUGCAGGGUUAUGCUCGUGGAGUUCUUCCUCCGCUACGACACCUUCGUGGUCGAGGCCGGGAAGCUGCCGCUAGGGUCGACGGUGACGUUCACGUCGAUGUCCAAGGCCACGAGUAGCUGAGUCUCAAUCGUACCAUGGCCUUCGCGAAAUUAUCUACUAGGACCAGGUCGUGAUUUAAUUGGUUCGAUUGGUUUGCUUCUGCAUGGAUUUCUGGUGAUUGUUUCAUUGAUUGGUCUACCCCCUUUACUCAAUAAGAUGUACUGGCUAAA